AUGGAACUCAACCGAGAACAUUUUCGCGCCAUAAUUUAUUACAACUUUCAGAGACAAUUAUCGCAACAAGAAUGCCUUGCUGAGUUACUAUCUGUUUUCGGCAACGAAGUGCCACAUCAGUCGACAAUUUUCCGUUGGUAUAGAGAAUUCGAACGUGGACGAGUGAGUUUUAGCGACGAUCCCAUGGUGGGUGCGCCAAAAACGGCAGUCACCCAGGACAAUGUCGAUGCUGUGCGCAAACUCAUCAUUGAAGACAGACAUGUGACAUAUCGCGAGACUGAGGCGUCCUUGAAGAUCUCAAACACCUCAAUUCAAAAAAUUCUACAUGAAGAAUUAGGAGUAAGAAAAUUAGUUUCUCCAUUGUUAACGGCUGUCUGGGUGUUUCAAGGUGAAGAAAAGCCAACAAAAGUCAUCUGUUCUCGAAGUGUUUCGAAAAAGAUGGUCGCGACAUUUGUGUCAAAAGCGGGUCAUAUUGCAACAAUUUUUCUUAAUGAGCAAAGAACUGUUACUGCAGAUUGGUAUACCACCAUUUGUUUGCCAAAAGUCAUCAUCACCCAGCUUCGAAAAAUCAACCCCGAAAGAAGAAUCAUCCUCCACCAAGACAAUGCAAGCUUGCACACAGCCCAAAAAACAAGGCAGUAUUUAACGGAAGAAAACGUGGAAUUAUUGGACUAUCCUCCAUAUAGUCCCGAUCUAAAAGAAGCAGUUGACGCAUUCAAAAAUGCCGUUUUGGAUCUGCCAGCAAACGAGUGGAAUAAGUGCUUCAAAAUUGGUUCGAGCGCAUGCAGAUGUGUAUUAAUCUUCGUGGAGAAUACUUCGAAAAACAAUAAAGUCAUUCAAAACUACCUACCGUAUUGUUUUAUUUCCAUAUGCAAAACUUAA